CCAAAGCAUGACACCUGCUCAUACAGACGCGCUGCUGAGUUUAGCAAAGCCACAAAGAGUUAGUCUGGUGAACACAGGAGGAUGUGUAGGCAGGCAGAACCGUGAGCUGGUUGAAUGGAUCAACACCUAGACCAAUUGAAGAGAGCACAAUCCAACCUUCUGCCACCUGAAGAAUAUCAGAAGAACUCGCAAUGAAUGUAGUAAGACUGAAGAACCCUCAGCACUCCACUCUCCUCCUGAGGAGAGCCAAUGAGAUGCGCUUGUCUGGUACUCUGUGCGACACAAUAAUUGAGGUCGAAAGUCAUGUAUUUCAAGUCCACAGUUUGGUGUUGGCAUGCACCAGUAAAAAGUUGGAGACCCUUCUGAAAGACAAAGGCCACCGUUGUACCUUGGAUUUCUUAUCAUGGAAGACGUUUCAGCAGAUCCUGGACUAUGCCUACACUGAAGCCUUAGAAGCUCGUGUGGAGGACCUCAAAAGUCUCCUGGAGGCAGCUGAGUGUCUGCAGAUGGAACAGUUGGGUAACCAAUGUCUGUUCCUGUUGACUUCACUGCAGAAGACUGAGCCUCAAUCAAAGGAGAAUGGCUCAUUACACAGAGAGGUUCCUCAAUCAGUUCAAGAUUCAUUCAUCAUGAAUACUACUGCUUCAUUAUCUUCAUCUGAUAAUGGCGACCAAUUGACUGAUGAUGUCACUGAAACCAAGAAAUGUUUAAUGGAGAAUGGAGAGUCCCUACAGACUGAUGGCCAUGCUGACAUGAGCAGUUCCCCAGAGGAGAAAAUGGAACUCCAACAUUGCCAAGAAAAACAAAACAUUCAGUUACCAUCUAGAAGGCCUCUAACUAUUGAUAGGCAAGACAUAGAAGGACAACGGAGCCUGACAUUCACAGACAAGCAGACAACAGCAGCAAGAGGAAGUGUCAUUGCAUCCACCAACCAGCACUCCACACCAUCAAAGAAUGGCUGUGACAGCCCAUGGACUCCUCUAGGAGUGACUUUGAAUGGCAAUGGUCAUGGAACUGUCAGAGUCAAUUCCUCUUUCUCGUUAUCACAUCCAACCUUUCUGAGCUACCACAGACUACCCAAAACCAUUCCCCAUGUAUUCCCGAUCUUUCCACAUCCACCUCUAAGAAAUGAUAUGGGGGGUUACAUGAGUUACCCUUUGCAGCAUGAGCUUUUCUCCAGAUCAUUCUGUAGCAAGCAGAACGUUCAGGAAGUAAUGAUGACGGUUAAGCAAGCUCCCCUGGAAAGGAGAUCAAGCAUGGUGAAUAAUCUCCAGGAAGAACAUGUCAGGAAACAUCCAAACUUCACCAAAAUGUACAGCUGCGAUUUCUGUGGAAAAGAAUUCCAAGACAGCUUCUAUUCACAAAUGUAUAGGCCCAUCAAUACUGGUUGUGAGGGGAGAGUCUGCCCGCCAUGUGGGAUGCGCCUUGCACCAGAUUCAGAAAUGGCUUCUCACACAUCUACAGGAAAUAAAAUACCCCUGAUUUGCCUGCUAUGUGGAAAGCAUUUGGAAAGCCAGCUAGAAAUGAAAGAACAUCUUAUGUUACAUACCCGGAGCUCAGACCUUAAUUCUAAAGACUGCAGAAGAGCCUUAUCUGGUCAUACUGACCAUCGGAGACAUAUACGAACAAAUUCAGGAGAGCACAUGUAUGAGUGUGAAUUCUGCAACCGUUGUUUCCGAGAUGACAGUUCGCUGAAGAACCACAAGCGUUUCCACACUGGAGAGAAGCCAUAUGAGUGUAGCAACUGUGCCAAGAAGUUCAGCUUGAAGCACCAGCUGGACACACACUACCGGGUCCACACUGGGGAGAAGCCGUUUGAGUGUAAAGUAUGCCACCAGCGUUCCCGCGACUACUCUGCCAUGAUCAAGCACCUGCGUACCCAUAAUGGAGCCGCCCCUUACCAGUGCACCAUAUGCCUGGAGUACUGCUCCAGUCUGUCGGCCAUGCAGAAGCACAUCAAGUCCCACAAACCAGAAGACAUUCCCCUAGACUGGAGCAUUGAGAAGACCUAUUUGUAUUUGUGCCACAACUAAGCAGAAGGCUGGCAUCUUCCAGACUCCAAUCCUAGCUACUGUCAGCGGGGUACCAUAUUUGAUUUCUCUUGUGAAACUCAUUGCCGUGAUAAGAACAAGAUGACCUUCUUUUGUCUUGUGUUUUUUUGAUCUUCUGUAUUCAUCCUAAUGCAACGGCACAUCCGAGCCUCAGUUUUGAGAAACCUCCCAAGGUGGGACAUGAACUCUGCUCUUUAAAACACAAUACUAAAACACUGUUAAGAAUGUAAAAAGUGAAUAGCAAGAAGCAGCUGUGUGUAUUCCUGUAUUACACGAUUUUAGUCAGCUUUGAGCCAUGCUGGAUAGCUGCUUAUACAACCUUCAUUUCUUAUUUUUGGCCUUCUGACAAUGAUAUUGAAGGGAGUGCUUUGAAUAACUACGCUUUCUUCUAAUUCUGUGGAAUAUGGUUGGAUUUAGUUGAAAUAUAUAUCAUUCAACAAUACAUUUGGGAGGAUCCCUGAAAUGUUCAUAAAGUAUCACAAUUUUGUCUUGAUAAACAGCUCAGAAGCUUUUUCAUUUUCAAAAUAGUAUUAAACUGCAGGGCAGCCACUUUCCCCAUCUGCCUAGCCAUUAUCAAACUCACAUAAUCUAGCUGAGGGUUAAAUAUCCCGGCCACUUCAGAAACCAAGUAUGGACAAGACAUCGCAGGGUAUAAUCAGUCACAAUCACCAAAUUAAACUAAUUCUAACACAUAUAUUGUUUAGAGGAAAUCCUUACAGACAUACAGGAAACAUUCAAACUACACACAGAGUGUGAUCUUUCUAGGAUCUGAACCUAGGAUGUAGCACUGACCACUGUGCCACCCAAAACUGUUCAUAUGUUCUUUAUUUCUGGCAGGGUGACACUUUAUGUACUGCAAGAACAUACCAACUACUCAUACACACCAAUCGGUUACAACAUUAAAACCCCCUGGUCCCUGUCAUACUACUGAAACAGCUGUGACCUGUUGAAGCACGGACUCUAUAAGAGCUCUGAAGGUGUCCUGUCAUAUCUGGCACCAUGGUGGUAACAGCAUGUCCUUUCAGUCCUGUAAGUUGCAAGGUGAGGCCUCCAUCAAUCAAAUUUAUUUUUCCAACAUGUCAAUAGAAACUUGAUCAGAUUAGCAUCUGGGGAAUUUGGAGGCCAAACAAACACCUUGAACUCAUUGUCAUGUUCCUCAAACCAUUCAUGAGCAAUGUUUGCAGUGUGCAUUAACCUGCUGAAAGAGGUUAUCUCCAGCAGGAAAUACAGUUACCAUAAGGUAUGUACAUGAUCUGCAACAAUCUUUAGGAAGGUGUUACAUGUCAAAGUAACAGGCACAUGAAUGCCAGGACCCAAGGUUUCCCAGUAGAACAUUGCCCCAAAGCAUUACACUGCCUCACUUCUUCCCAUAGUCCAUCCUGCUGUUAUCUCUUCCCCAGGUAAACAAAACACACGCCUCGCUGUCCAGAUGAUCUAAAAGUAAAGGUGAUUCAUCAAACCAGGCCACUCUUCUUCCAUUGCUCCGUGGUCCACUUCUGAUAUUCACAAGCCCAUUAUAGGUGCUUUCAGUGGUGGACAGGGGUCAGUAUGGGCUCUCUGACUCGUCUGCGGCUAGACAGCCCCAUAUGUAGAAAACUGUGAUGCACUGUGUGUCCUGGUACAGGGCCAUCUUCACAGCAUUAUAGGCCCCCGGGCAAAGCAGUGCACAGGGGCCCCUACCUACACAACCACUCACAGGAAUAAAAAUGUAAAUGGUCGAUAAAAUGAAACAUAUAUUUAUUGUAUUGAUACUUCCAACAAAAUCAGUGUUUAAAUAUUAAAAAACAUGGUAUACAGCAAAGAUUAAUCAACACAAACAUUUGAACAAUAUAACAUGAGCCGUGAAAAACACAAAAAUUUCAACAUAUAAAUGAUACUCACUUGGUAAACCAUACAGCAUGAAAUUAUUAUGAAUUAGUUAUUAUUAAUCAAGUACUCAACACAAACACAAUUUCUUUGCAGAGAAUUGAGUUGAAGUGACGUUAAUAUAUAUGCUUUUACAUUAUGUAGUGUGUGAGAUCUGUACGCAAACCUACACGUGAGGUUGCAGAGGUGACUGUGAUACUAAAUCAGAGGCGAAUGCCAAUGUCCACUUGUAACACAAUAACAAAUAUUUAUAGUUUAGUAUAGUAUAGUAUUUAUUUAUUGACAGCAAGUCACAACAUACAUAUGGGGCCCCUAUGUUCAUGGGGUCCCCAGGCAACUGCCCACCAUGCCCAUGCGUUAAGACAGCCCUGUCCUAACACCUUUCUCUCAUGACCAGCAUUACGUUUUUCACCAAUUUGUUCUACAGUAGCUGUUCAGUGGGAUUAGACAAAGAGGGUUAGUCAUCACUCCUCACACACAUCAAUGAGUCUUGGGCGCCCUUGACCCUGUUACCAGUUCACAGUUUGUCCUUCUUUGGACCACUUUUGGUAGGAACUAACCACUGCAUACUGGGAACACACCACAAGACCUGCCGUUUUGGAGUUGCUCUGGCCCAGUCGUCUAACCUUCACAUUCUGAGCCUUACCAAAGUCACUAAGAUGCUUACGCUUGCCCAUUUUCCAUUUACCUUCAAGAAUUGAUUGCUCACUUGCUGCCAAAUAUAUCUCACCCCUUGACAGAUGCCAUUGUAAUGAGAUAAUUGAUGUUAUUCACUUUACGUGUCAGUGGUUUUAAUAUUCUGGCUGAUUGGUGUAUUAAGUGUAUAAAGUAUUGUAACAUAAUGAGACUUUAAGAUAGGAAUCUUUCACUUUUAAGGACACAUAGAAAGCAUCAAGUGGUUAUUCAUCUCUGUAAUACAGCCUACUAAAAUAUUAUCUCAUUGAAAUGAGAAAAAGCUAUUCGACAAAGCUAUUCAAUUCCAGCACUGAGGGUGAAGCAGGACCUCACUCCAAAUGGAACACAUGACACAUGCAAGUGCAACCACACACUCACACACUCCAGUCUUGAACAUGGAAUUGAAAUAACUGACGGAUUGGAACUGUGGGGCUCCACAUGCUGUAGGAGUGUGUGGAAACGUGAAAGAUCAGCAGCGAGACUUUUCAUCACUGGAGGGUUGUAAGUGAAACUAGAAAUGCCCAGAGUUGACUAUUUACAUCAAAGAUGUGGAUGUCUAGUUGAUGUGUUAAUAACAGGACAUUAAUGUCCACCACCACUCAUUAACGCCAUUUAUAUGACAGUAUCUCAGGUGUCCAAACCGCAUGGUUCUUCACUCCUUACCAGCUUGAUGCCUUUUCAGGAAGGACGAUUAAAACAAUUCAUAUGGCUCCAUAAAGCAUAUUCUGUAUGUAGAGUAUAAAAGGAGCAUUUGGAAUGACAGUAUGGUUCCUAAAGAGCUGUGUCCUUUGUUGUACCCCAGAGAAAAGCAUCUGCACAUGCUGCCCUUUUCCAGUGUAAUUCCAAACUUCAAAAGUCUAGAAAUCUAACUCCAGUGAAUAAAAAAAAACAAAUAAGAUGGUAAAACUAUGGAUGGCAUUUAUUUUUUUAAGUGGACUUGGCACAGAACUGUGGGAAGCUAUACUUUCAAAUAACAUUGGUCAAGCACUGUGGCCUGCUCUUGGCACGUAUUCCUGCAUCAAAUAAAACGUCUCCACAUUAUUACUAGAUGGACUGUUCCAGGUUACCAAAGGUCCAGUCUAGCAAAUGUAAUAUUUUUGUAUAUGGACCUGGACACAAGAGACCUCCUUUAAAGGUUAUUGUGAUUAAGACUGUAAUCUCAUAUGAUUAAGACGUUCCCACCAUUCCAAAGCCAGGUUGUCAGAUGUUGCAUAUGUGUGUUAUUUAAGUAACCCAGACCAUCUAAACGAGACAUGGAGUCUGUUCUUUUACAGGCUUGUUCAGUUCUUGAUGUAUGUUCCCAUCCACUUUUGAAAUCUUUUGAUUUAACCGCAGGGUCACUGGGAGGAGAAGCUUAUUUCAGCUGCAUCACAUGUAAGGCAGGAGACAACUUUAAUUGGGACGCCAUUCGAUUCCAGGGCAUGCGGUGACUCACACCUACACACUGACACAUACAGGGACAUUUAAGACAACUGACAUGCACACCACCUGGGGGCUGAAGGAGGAUACUAGGACACUACUAAGUACCAUUAGAAAACCCACCCAGAUAUGCGGAAAAUGGAGGCAGGAACCUUGAUCUAGGUAUCCAUGUGGAGGGCUAUGCUCUUUUACAAUUAAGUGAAGAUCAUUUCAGCAGGACAGGGGAGCUUUUGAGUCUUCAUUAUUGGGAUUAAAGCAUAUCUAGAAAUAGUGAACUACACUUUAUUUAUAAUUAAGGGCAUGCAGUGAACAUGUAGACAUAGUGGAAGGUACCGAAAGGAAGUACAGUGUGGUAAAACAAUAAAA